AAUGGAUCCGAAUUGUAUUUCUGUUAUGUUCCUCCUCUCAGCUGUGUGUGGUGUAUCUCCAUACGUUCCUCAUCGGUAUCACUUUGUGAAUCAGAAUAAAACCUGGACUGAAGCUCAGAGCUACUGCAGAAAGACCUACACUGAUCUGGCCACCAUCAACAACAUGGACGAGAUGAAGAAGCUGAACGACACUCUGAAAAAUCUGAGAAAAUUGGCCAUCUACCCUCAUAUAGGCCUGAAGAGGAGAGGCACUGGGAGAUGGCAGUGGUCUCUGGCAGAUGAAAGUUUCUACGGUUCAGGAUGCAUGCUUGGAACCUCCAGCGCUGCACUAGUAAGCAGUCCUGGAAAGGAUUGUGUUGCGAUGAAUAAAAGUGAUGGGUCCUGCAUUACUUAUGACUGUAUGACGACAUUCUCUUCUUUUGUGUGUUAUGUGGAUAAAAUAGGCCCAGGAAAUUAUAUAUUCAUUAAUGACAGUAAGACCUGGCGUGAAGCUCAGAGCUACUGCAGACAGAGCUACACAGACCUGGCCAGUGUGAGGAACCUGACAGAGAACAAGCAGAUCUGUGAAGUGGCAGAAAACAGCAGUGGUAGUUUCUGGAUUGGCCUGUUUUACGAUAUCUGGGAGUGGUCUGAUCAGAGUAACUCCUCAUUCCGGUACUGGAAUUCUACCCAGGCAAAUAAUAAUCAGCAAGUAGCUGGUGGAGGUGAGAACUGUACCGGCGUGUCUUUAAAACAAUCGGGUCUGUGGCAUGAUAUAAAUUGUGACGUCCAGUUUCCAUUUAUCUGCCAUGAGGAUAAGCUGAUCUUGAUCCAGCAGAAGCUGAGCUGGAGAGAAGCUCUGAGAUACUGCAGAGAGAAUCAUGUGGACCUGGUCUCAGUUCACUCUGAGGAGAUCCAGCUCUGGGUGAAGGAUGUGGCUCAGAAAGCCUCCACUAAUCAUGUGUGGCUGGGUCUGCGUCACACCUGCGCCCUCAGCCUCUGGUUCUGGAUAAGUGGAGACUUUAUCUGCUAUGAUAACUGGGCUCCAGGUAACGGUGCAGAAGGUGAAGACUGCAGUCCUGUAGAGAGAACCGGAGCGGUGCAGGCUAGAGGAGAUCAGCAGUGGGUCAGCCUGCCUGAGAACCAGACACUCAACUUCAUCUGCAUCAGAUAUGAAGACUAAAACCAGGUGUGAAGUUUCUUCUGGUCCAGAAUCAGCAUCUCUACAGCUUUACCACAUUUACUGUAUAUUUGCUUAAAGUAGUGGUUCAUACUUUAUUAUUGUCACAUAUUAGCCAGUGUCUGUCCAGUGUUUUUUCCACUUUUGGUUCUAUGUGCUUCUGCUCUGUUUUCCUGUCUGUGUUUCCAGCCAUGGGCUUUUUUGAGCACAUGGCAAAGUUUUGUUGUUGUUCUGUCUCCACCUUAGCCCCGCCCUAGCCAUUAGUGAUCUCACCUUGUGUCUUAUUUGUUACCCCACCCCCUCGUUAUCCAGUCCCAGGUGUUCCUCCCUCUCCUUGUGUAUUUAAGCCCCUCUG